GCUCCCUUUGGAGCAUCCCACUCCCCCUCCUCAUGGAAUUCCCACCUUUCCUUUAAUCCAGGAAUGCGCCGCCGCGUGCCGAGCCGACCUUUCCUUGGAAGCGCCGCUUUUUCCCGGGAAUGGGCAAUUCCAGCCGCUCUCCGAGAGCAUCCGCAGGUACGUCAUGAGCCACUUCCGAUGGAAUAAAUUCGGCCGCGCCCACGGGAACAGCUCCAGCAGCGGCACUUCCAAGCGGGAAGAGGGAGCCGGGAACCUCCCGAAUUCCCAGCGGCGGGAAGAGCCGGGAGCCAACCCCGUUCCCGGCGGGAAGGAGGACGGGAAGCGCUCGUAUUCCAUGGAGCAUUUCCGAUGGGGAAAACCCGUGGGGCGCAAGAGGAGACCCGUCAAGGUCUAUCCCAACGGCGUGGAGGAGGAGGAGGAGGAGGAGGCGCAGGAAUUCCCGCUGGAAUUCCGCCGGGAGCUCGGGGACGAGGAAGAGGAGGGGGAAAAGCGGGAAGAGGGGAAAUCCCGGUGGGAAUCGCCGCUGGAGAAGCGCUACGGGGGGUUCAUGGGCUCGGAGAAGGGCCGGACCCCGCUGGUGACGCUUUUCAGGAAUACCAUCGGGAAAAGCGCCUCCAAGAAGGGGCACUGAGCGGGAAAAUUCCCGCCGGGAAUUCCACCUCACCCCCCCACCCGGAGCUUCAGCGUCCCGCGGGAAAAAUCCCCCAAAAUUUGGGAUUUUUUCCUCCUUCCCGCCCCCAUCGUUCCCGGA